UAAGGUUUCAUUUCCAUAGCAUUUUAUUUCAAUCAGAAGUGUCAGGAAAAAUUAAAAUCAGAAAAAUUAUCAUAAAAUCAGUCGAAAUUGAUUAAGGAAGCGAUUAACACGUAAUCUAUCAGUUAAUAAUUUGUAUUUUCAUUAAAAUUACAAGGAAAAACUGAGAAGUAUUGUAUUUGAAGUAUUCAGCCAUAUUCAAGGAUAAGAAGAAGAAAACAACUGUCCAAACAAAACACGAUAAAACAUGAACACAUCAACAAGAUUAACUUUGAACGAUCGAUUCUCAAUGAUAAAGCAAGGAAAUGGAGUUCUUCCAAAGCAACAAAGAGGACGUUCCAGAUCACGAAGCCAAACCAGAAGACCAUCGAGACAGUUAAGCCAAGGAGGACCAAGAAAAAAUCGUCAACUUUUGGAUCAAUUAGAGAAGCAACAUAAAAUGCGAAUGGCUAUGAAGUUGAAGAAUAAAAGCAUUAUGAGAUCUCGUGGUCGUGUCCAGAGUCAAAAUAGACGCAGACCAGCCAACAGUCUCAUUGCAACUAUUAAGAGAAAAAUGGUAGAAGACAGUUUGAAGCGCGGCAGCAACUUAACAACUUUCGUUCCAUUGAAUGAUGGUCCUCGCCGUAAUUUCCGUGGUCGCAGUCGAUCACGUUCACAGUCCCGUAAUCGAAACCAGCAACGUUCACAAUCUCGUAACCGAAACCAACAACAGCAACAAGGAAGUGUCAUUGAUAGACUUGGAGUACGUCAACCACUUAAACGUAUGCGUCGUGGACCUUCUAACGGAGGAGGACAACAACAAAGAAGCCGAAGCCGCGUUCGUUUGAACCGAAACAAUUUCAAUAAUAACAACGUCAACAAUAACAACGUCAACAAUCGCAACGUCAACAAUCGCAACGUUAACAACCGCAACGUCAACAAUCAAGGAUCUGUGAGACGCUCAAAUCUAUUGAAAAGCGAUUUAAAUGAUGGCUUCGCUCUUCUCAAUCAACUUCGCCGCUUCGCUUUGAACUUGCCAAAAAAUCGAAGCAAUCAAUUGAACAGACCACUUCGCGGACGCAUUGUCAAAAGAAACCAAAACAGACAAACUGGCAAUGGCGCCGGAGUUGGCGGUGGACGAAUUGCAAGAAAUAUUCGUCAGAAUCCUAAUAUGGCUGAUGGAAAUAGACAACGUGGAAAGAUCAUUAAAAGAAGUGCACAAGCACAAACUCGAGGACGAGCCGUAAAUCGAAAACAAGCAAAUCAACGUAAUGGACAAGGACAAGCUGGACGUCGUGGUAGAUCACGAACACGUCGUGGUGUCAGCAACAAUAAUAACAAUAGUCGAGGUAUAAUUCAGAACCUUAAACAAGGACAUAAAGUGGUUGAAGUCUCAUGAAGAUUAAUUAAUGGCAAGAAAGACGAAAAAACUCUUUAAAUAUUUAAAAAGUUGCGUAAAUUUGGGCGUAGAAGAACAAAAGAGAACACAAUCAAUGAGAGGACUAAGGCUCAAAGUCAUGAGCCAGCUUAUGCGUAAACUUUCUUUUGAAAGAAACAUAAAAAUUACUCCUCUUGAUCUUUACUACCUUGAAAAGGAUUUCCAUAGGAAAAAAAAAACUUUUUUCUCGUCUUCUCGAACAUCUUUCAUCUUUAAGAUUCGUCCAAUCAUCUUUAGCAUUAAAUAAUCCGGUUAAAUUAGGUAUAGAAACAAUUUGCUCGAGAUUUCCUUUGUUGCGAUCCUUCUUCGUGAUGGUUGAAAACUGCUGCUGGAAAAUGGAUUUAAAGAUUAAAUUUCAAUUUCGCUUUUCUAUUGCAAUCGAUUUGAUAUUUGUUUUCUCUUUUUCUUCCUUUUUUAGGUAAUGGAGGAAAGCCACAAAUAUCCAAAGAGGCUCUUGAUAAGCAAUUGGAUGAUUACAUGUCGAAGGGAUCAGCCUAAUCCUUAAUCUCAACUUUAUGAAUCCCAGAGAUUGAAGAAACUUUCAUUAAAUUUUCUUUUCCUUAUUUUUUUUUCAUUUGUGAACUUUUCAAUUGAUAUUCUUACCAGCAUAAUUAAAUUAAAUGCUGUCAUAAACUAUUUGCUAUAAUUAAACAUAAAAAAAUUAUCUGAAUAAAUUGUAAAAGAAAAAAA